GGCUUGGAAUUCGCGAAGGAAGAGGCACAGCGACAACACCAGCGAGACUAUUAAAGCGCGGGCUGCAGCGAGACUGAAAAGGCGACUCAAGCGAGAUUCAGAGAUUCUCGAAGGAAAGGACCGCGCGGUGGGCAUCAUUCCAGCUCCUACCAUGGCGAACACACGGGCUAUGGCCAACGGCAACGGCGCCGCUGUCAGAUCCGCGAAAGCAGAGCACGACGAGGAAGAGAACAUCUUUCUCUUUUAUCCCAACCUUAUUGGCUACUCCCGCGUCGUCCUCGCCGUAGCCUCCCUCUACUACAUGCCCCUCCACCCGCGCACGUGCUCUAUCCUCUACAGCAUAUCCUGCCUCCUUGACGCACUCGACGGGCUCGCGGCCCGCAGGUUCGAGCAGAGCACAAAAUUCGGCGCGGUGCUGGACAUGGUGACGGAUCGAUGCACGACGGCGUGCUUGCUGGUUUUCCUAGCGAGCGCGUUCCCGCGGUGGAGCAUUAUCUUCCAGGGUUUAAUUUCGCUAGAUCUAGCGAGCCACUACAUGCAUAUGUAUGCGACGCUGAGUAUGGGUGGGGCGGGCCAGAGCCAUAAGAAGGUGGAAGCCAGCAGGAGCUGGGUGCUGAAGAUGUACUAUUCGAACAACAAAGUCCUCUUCACCUUCUGCGCCCUCAACGAGGUCUUCUUCAUCGCGCUUUACCUCCUCUCGUUCUCCUCGCCCUACCUUUCCCCAACCCUCUUGAAGAACUCAGACUCACCCUCCUCGCUGCAAGCGGGCACUCCAGCCGCACCGAAGCCCUCGAUGAUCUUCACGAGCCCGUGGUCGGCAGGUGCUAUGGAGAUGGCCAGGGCAAACAAAAUGGACUCCACGGUCCCCUGGAUUCUCGCAAUCGUCUCCUCGCCCAUCAUGCUUGGAAAGCAGUGGAUCAACGUGGUCCAGCUUAUCAAGGCAAGCAGGUGGCUCGCUGAGGGCGACAGGGCCGAGCGGAAAAAGCAGGGACUACCUCGGAAGAAGAGCAACGGAAAGAAAAGGCAGUAGAUGCGAGGUAUGUUCCUGCUUUCAUGUCCAGCGAGGGCCUCGAGGCGUGUAGAAGAGGGGAUAUGGCGUUGCAGGGCGGUUUACUCCGGCAUCGCACCCUUUAAGGAUCAUUUACCCCAAGCAUAGGUAUGCGGGGUGGCAUCUUGAGCGCGUCCAU